AUGAAUAGAGGAUUUAGUUUUUCGACAAAAGUGGCAACAUCUUUAAAUAGAUGUAAUAAUAGAAGUAAUAAUAUAUCACAAUCUGUAUCAUAUAAUUUUAUAAAUAAACCAACAACUACAACAUCAUCAACAACUUCAGCAUCAACCACUUCUCAACCAUCUUUUUCAUUACCAACCUCUUGCAAUUCAAAUUCGCCUCAAUCAAAUUUAAAUAGUUUUAGAACAAAGUCACAAACAAUUAGUAAAUUUAGUUCAAAUUUAUUAGGUACAGCUUUAUUCGAAUUUCAAGCUUUUCUCAUUGAUGAUACCUAA